ACAUUCCCUAUUUUUGUCUCUCAUUUAGAGGGACCCCUCAUCCCUUUCUUCACCAUUUUAAGAAGUCUGGGUUCCUUGUUGUGUGCAGCAAAAAUGCAUCUUGUAUACAUAACUCUCAGAUCAAAUCAACACGCUGAGAAGAAGAUUUUGAAUCAAUUCUUGAUAUAGUUUUGUGUCUUUCUUGGCCGAUUAGUUGAGUUAAAAAUCGAAUCUUUGUGCAUAAAUCAGAGAGAGAAGAAAAGGGGUUAGAAGAAAACCCAAAGUUGUGGAAGAAUAAAAGAUCUUUUUUGGUUAAAACAUGAGAGAUUUUCCUUCUUGUUUUGGGGAAACUGGGGUUCAAGUAGCUGAUUUUUCAUCAUCAGGUGCUAAUAAGGCUGCUCAGAAUUUGGUAACUUGUGUUUAUCAGUGUAAAUUGCGUGGGAAAUCUUGUUUGCUUAAUGUUACAUGGAGUAAAAAUUUGAUGGGUCAAGGUCUUACUGUUGGGAUUGAUGAUAAUACAAAUCAGUGUCUCUGUAAGGUUGAUAUUAAGCCCUGGUUGUUUUCGAAGAAGAAAGGGUCAAAGACUUUAGAAGCAUAUUCUAGGAAAAUUGAUGUAUGUUGGGACCUUUCCUCAGCAAAGUUUGGAUCUGGUCCCGAGCCAUUGGAAGGAUUCUAUGUGUGUGUUGUUUCCGAAAGGCAAAUGAUUUUGCUCCUUGGUGAUAUGAGAAAAGAAGCUAUCAAGAAAACAAUUGCCACCCCUGCUGCUUCUAGUGCUGUUAUUAUUGCUAAGAAGGAGCAUAUAUUUGGCAAGAAGGUAUUUAGCACUAAGGCUCAGUUUUGUGAUAAUGGCCGAAUCCAUGAUCUCGUGAUUGAAUGUGAUACCAGUGGCACAAGCGACCCAUGCCUUGUCAUCCGCGUGGACAGUAAGCCAAUGAUGCAGGUAAAGAGGCUAAAGUGGAAGUUCCGCGGUAACCAUACUAUUUUGGUUGAUGGCCUUGGUGUAGAAGUGUUUUGGGAUGUCCAUAACUGGCUUUUUAGCACACCAGUUGGAAAUGCUGUCUUCAUGUUCAAGACCAACAUUUCAGCUGAGAAAUUAUGGGCAACACAGCCCAUCUGCGAUCCCCAAACACUACAUUGGUCUUGGUCACAGAGAUUCAGAGAGGCCCAGUCGCAUAAUCUUGGUUUCUCACUCUUUUUAUAUGCUUGGAAAAACGAAUAGUCAAUUUGAUUGGAUUCAACCUUGAGUUUCUAACAUAUACUUUAGCGAGCUGUGAUUUAUUGACUAUGAAAUUCAAUUAUACUUUCAUUUUAAAUAGUUAAUUUGUUCUUUGUGUAUGUUUCGGUGCUCAAGCUGAGAGCCGAGACAAAUAUAGACAUUUUUACCUGUUUGGUUGUAAAUUGUUCAAUUAUAGUUCCUUUUAUUUUCUUUUCCAAUUUCCAUGGAGAAGAAUAUGAAAUAUAUAUGUUCUUGGUCAAAGGCUUCCUCUUGCUGAUGUCUUUGUGUGGCUGAGAUUGAUCUAAGAAACAUUAACAAGCAAAUUGGUAUCUGCCUUGUUUCAAUAAACUCUUCACUUGUCUAAUCCUUGAUGCAGGUAGAAUAUACCUUAUCCCAGUCCGAUAUAUAUGGUUAUAGCUUGCAUACUUAUGAUGUGCACAUAUGUUGUUUUAACACGUCAACUUUGAUAUGACCAAUUCCAUGCAGGUGGUUCAACUGCAAAUGAAAGUUGAUGGACUCAGACUCUGUAGGAAUGGUCUCAACAUAUGCUGUUUGCGGCAGACUAUGUGAUAUAAAUGCAUCAUAGGAGCUUGCAUACUUAUGAUGUGCACAUAUGCUGUUUUAACACGUCAACUUUGAUAUGACCAAUUCCAUGCAGGUGGUUCAACUGCAAAUGAAAGUUGAUGGACUCAGACUCUGUAGGAAUGGUCUCAACAUAUGCUGUUUGCGGCAGACUAUGUAAUAUAAAUGCAUCAUAGGAGCAAAUAGUUUCUUUGAUCCUCGAUGCAAUGUAAGGAUUGGUAUGUGCUGUAUCUUGUUAGUCUUUUGUGUAUUUGAGGUGUAGAUGGAUUGUGACAGUUGACAUUGCUGCAUUGAGAUUUAAGGGAGUUUGGGGGUCUGAAUACUGCUAGCUGUCUACCUGAUGCUAAAUCCAUAUCUCCACAUUCCAUAGUUGAAAAAGCUUAACAUACCCCACUUCUCUUGGACACUAUAUAUGUCCACUUAUCCAUGGGAAGCACCAAAAAUCUUUAACAGAUGCAAUCUGCCCCUGCCAGCUAUUACACAAGCAUUCCCAACUAGAUUUUGUCUUUUUUAUUUUUUUUUUUCUUUUUUCGUUUAUCCCAGACUUUCGUUUCACCUAUGUGUAGCUGAAGCCAUAGGUUGUUUUUUCCCCAUAAAUCCCACUUUGUUCUUCAAUGGCGUGGUUCUUCCUUUCCCGUCCUUUCAGUUUUAUCAUAACCCUCUCAAGGCAUGGCAGCGUGGGAUCUCUGCAACUGCUUUUGUCUGAGAAAUUAAUAUUUUGCUUUCUAAUUCUGAUGUUGGUAGACGGUAGUUAAUGUUUCUUUUGAUAAUAGGUGACUUGCAUAUUUCUUGAUUGCUACAUGAUAGGAGUUACCAGAAACAUCUUAUGCGAAGUAUGAGAAGAUGUAAUUCAUAGCUAUAUUUUGUAAUAUACUUCAUGCAUCAGUUGUUAUCUCAUCGAAAAUUCCAUUCAACUUCUAAAAAGUUAUUUCUUUCAUAUGGUUCAUUAUUUUUUUUCUUAGGUUAAUUUUUUGAUGAUGGUGUGUCCACUCAUCUCUCAUUCACCUCAACUGAUCAGUCAUCUCGAUGAAAAACCUUAUUCCCCAUCGUCUCACUAGCCGACCUUGACCCCUGUUAUUUGGUUUUUAUUUAUUACCGAGAAAUCCGUCCUCAACCUUCGAAACUUGGCGAUAAU